CGGUCAUUGCGAGUCCGGAUGGCGGCCAGUGCUGGAUUUCGCGACGACCGGGAAUAGUGUCGGGUUUUUUGGUCUUCAAUUCGUUCUUUGAUUUGUUGGAUAGUAAUUAAAAAGUGUUGUGAUAAUUGUAAAGCAGUAUUAUUAAAAAAAAUGGUGACCAUGAAAAGUUUUCCUCUCGUUGGUGGCAUCCUGGCGGUUCUUUACGGUCUAGUGAGUGUUAACGGCAACGAACAAACCAAGGUCGUCGGUGGCACCCAAUCCGGGGAACGCGUCCCCCACCAAAUCUCGCUCCAGAUCAUGAUCAACUCACUGUACGGCUUCGGUCCGAAAACCUGGGCCCACAACUGCGGCGGCUCGAUAGUGUCCCCAAGCUACGUCAUCACGGCCGCCCACUGUCUGGACGGAAUCGAGGCAUCGCGGCUUUCGAUCGUGUCCGGAACGAAUGACCUGCGGAAUGACGGUGCCAAGGGAAGUCGUCGUCUGGUUGCGUCGUACAAGAUCCACCCGGAGUACAAGGAGUUGGACAAGUGUGACAUUGGGAUCAUGCGAACGCAGGAACCGUUCGUGUUCGAUGCCAGUACGCAACCGAUCCGGUAUUCGGACACCCAGGUGGGAGGUGGUGAGAGCUGUACGCUGACCGGAUGGGGCUAUACGAUGCCGAUUCGGAUUGGGAGGACGCCGCAGGAUCUGCAGCAGGCGGAGCUGAAGACGAUCACGAACGAGGAGUGUCGCAGCAAGGGAUUCCCGGUGAAUCCGACGGAGAUUUGCACCUUUACGAGGGUGGGACAGGGUGCGUGUGGGGGUGACUCGGGCGGCCCACUGGUCUGGAACGGCGAACUCAUCGGCGUGGUGUCGUACGGGACACGCUUCUGCGGCAUCGGUUCACCGGACGUGUUCACACGUGUCUCCGAGUUCAAGGCGUGGCUGGACGCGAACCAAGUGUAACCCGAUCCCGACUCCUGUGGAUAGCUGAAUACGAAUCUUAGCCAAAUGGAACAAGCCGACGACUGUUAAAUUAAAAAUUAUCUCACAAAUAAAAA